UUUAGACCUAAAUUCAGUUCUAUUACAUUUUUUCUUUAAGAACAUCAUGGACAAGUGGAGUGAAAAGCUUCAAGAACGAUCAAAACUCGAAAGAAACUUGAUUGUCUCAGUUAUUGUGCUCGGACUAUUGUGUUUUGUGUUUUUUGUGUUCUUGGUUGCCAUUAGAAAAGGACGCGAUGUGUGUUACUCUCCGCAAUGCAUUGAAGCGUCAUACCACAUUUUAUCCACAAUAGACCAAAGUAUCGAUCCCUGUCAAGACUUCUACAAAUUCACCUGUGGAGGCUUCCAUAAAACAACCCUAGCAACCAAGAAAAGAUCAACUUUAACUGAUCUACAGUACCACCAAACAGCUAAACUCAACGAAAUAUUGUUAGAAACGUCAAACAACACUCAAAAUUAUUCAAUAGCCUUUGAAAACCAAAAAGAAUUCUACAAAGCCUGCCUAAAUACAACUUUCAUCGAAAAAAAUAACGAUACCGGCUUCCUAGAGUCCAUAAGACAAGCUACAGGAAGUUGGCCAUUAUCACAUGGCUUCGUGGAGGAUCUUUAUUGGCCAGAAGUCAUGGUAAAGUCAAAAGAAAAAGGUUUGGUACACGAUUUCUUUCUUAGUGUUGGCAUAAAGAAGGAUGAAAGAAGAAAUAAGGUUUUUUUGGAUGUUGCACUACCUCCAAAGAGGUCUUUCGAGAAAAAAGUCUUUAAAGAGGUGAAUUUAGAAGGAAUUUUGAACAUAGCAAGGACCUGGGGAGAUCCUACCCUCAGUGCUACAUGGGAAUUAAGAGAAACCAUCAAGUUUGCGAGGAACCUAUCAAAAAUUAUCGAAAAUGCUUAUUCACAGACCAAAAACCUAACUUUAACUCAACAAAAAACUCCAAUUUCAGCUUUAAAAAACGUGAGCUUUCUAAAACUGCAUUGGCUGUCGUUCUUGAAGAACAUCACUAAGCAGAACUACCUGAAACAAGAUGAUGUGAUCGUUUUCAGUACGGGCGAAGAGUACCUUAAGGAGUUGUACUAUUUGAUUCAAAGCACUUCAACGAAACUGUGGGUGAAUUAUAUUGUAAUCUUGAAUAUUAUCAACGAUUAUGAGUAUCUGAGUUCGAAAGUUGGAGAGUACGUUAGGGAAGUGUUGAAUGAACCUCAAAAACCCAAAAGAAGUGAAGUUUGCUACAGGAAAGCUAUAGAAUUGUUUCCACAUGUUGCUGAGACAGAAUACAUAAAAAGGUCUCUAACAAAAGAAAAGAAAAAUAGAAUAGAAAAACUGAUAGAAAAUGUGAAGGAAGAAAUUAUACACUCUGUGAAAGACAACGCUUGGAUGAAUUUGAAUGAUCAAAAAUCAUCGAUAGAGUUUUUGAAAAACAUGAAACAAGCAAUAGGAUGGACUGUCAAUGAGACACAAAACGACAACUUUGAAAGACUCAAUAUGUCAUCUGUAAGCCUUAUAGAGAUAGUACAUACAGUUAGAAGGUACUAUUUUGAUCGUACCUAUGAUAAAAUAGGAAGUUCUGGCAUUGAUGACAUCCUCGAAGAUACCAUGGCAUCUGUAAAUGCCUAUUACGUACAUGACCUCAACAUUUUAAUUUUACCAGCACCAAUUUUGUAUCCCCCGGUAUACGAUCCAUCUAGACCACAGUACCUCAACUACGGAUCUUUAGGACAUAUUAUAGGACAUGAACUAACUCAUACCUUUUCUAAUAACCUUUGGAACAAUGAUACUAGAAAAAAGUUUGAAGAAAAUGCACAAUGCAUUGUCAAAGACUAUGAAAAAUUCGUCACAGACAUCGAAAGCACACAAAAAAAUGGUGCAGAGACUUUGAGGGAAAAUCUAGCUGACUUACUGGGUAUAAACCUAGCAUAUACAGCCUACCAGAGAUGGACAGAUGAUCAUGGAGUUGAAACUCAGCUACCAGGGUUGAGUUACACUCCCAAUCAACUUUUUUGGAUCAUGGCGAGCACUUAUAUGUGUUCAGACAAUAAUUUUGACCAGAAAGACACAGAUUCCAUGGAUAUACACGGCGUUCAAAACUACAGAAUAGCCGGAGCUGUCAUGCAUUCUCCUUAUUUUUCUGACGACUUCCUGUGCCCCGUUGAUACGCCCAUGAAUCCCGGAAAGAAAUGUAAAGUUUAUCUUUAAAUAUUAUUGAAAAAUAAAGAAUCUAUUUAUUUGUU